AUGAGAGCCGUCCGGGACGCGGCCUCCCUCUCCCCCCCGAGCUCCAUCGAGGUCGACUACAUCCCGCAGCAGGUGGACACGCCUCCCCCCGCCCCCGAGGACCCCGGCGCGACCCAGGGCGAAGGCGUCAAGAAGCACCUUCUGCAGCUCAACGACAUCGACACGUCCGACCCGCGGUGGGUCCUGACGGAGCUCUUCCAGAAGCCCAGCGAGGCGAAGGUGAGCAAGAAACUCCACCAUUACAAGCACCACAACAAGCAGCGCCGCAAGCACCGGCAGCACACCGGAAGUCGCUAUCACGGCGGCCAGUAUUACAGCGGUCAGCCGCCGCGACAGCAGCAGCAAUACCCUCCGCUGAUCUCUAGCGACGACGAAGUGCUAGAACGACACUCGCUCAAGCACACGGGCGCCCCAGCCCACCACCGACACGACUCCCUACACCAUCGGACGACCCUCCACGACAGCAAGGACUACCACCAGCACCGCCGCCACCGACAGUACAGCAGACACGACGACCCCGAAGACGACGGCAGCUUCGACGAGCAGCUGUACGACCAUGAGGUGUUCAAGAACCAGCAGCAGCAAGACCAGCAGCACCACCACCUGGAGGAGCAACGACCGCGCCUCCUCCACGACCCCCCUCUCGUGCCCCCGGGGUACGUGGAUGACCUCCGAUUCGACUCGUAUGUGAGCCGACAGUCACGCGAAGAUCAAGACGAGGUCAAGUUCACUGUCGGUAACGGCGAUUAUUACUCAGGAGGCAAUACCAUCAACGCCCUUACAGAAGAGGACUUCAAGAACAUCCCUGGAGGCGAGCCCAGGCAGUACUGGGGGCCCACGGGGGGAUCGGGGCACGCCGGCCAGGAUCCGAAGGGCGUCGGGCCCAGGUUUGAUCGCUCGCUCCCCAGGAACGUGACGGUGCAGGCGGGCAAGUCGGCGGUGCUGGCGUGCAGGGUGCUCGACGUGUCCAAAACUUCGCAAGUCUCCUGGAUGCGCCACGGGGACCUGCACAUCCUCUCCGUCGGCAAAUACAGGUACAGCACCGAUAGCAGGAUCUCCAUCAAGCACAACAGCGAGCAGCACGAGUGGCUCUUGAGGAUCCAGGACGUGCAGGAGCAGGACGCCGGCCGCUACGAGUGCCAGGUGUCAUCUAAGCCGGUGCUCAGCUUCAUCGUCAACAUGGAGGUCGUCGGCUUUUUGCCGAGCUUUCUUGAUAUUUUGCACCUGUCUAACACUGAUAAUACGGCAUCUUUUCUUUAUUUAUGCAUGUCAAAGUAUGCCGACAUAUUCCUUUGGGUUCGGGCCUCCGCGCAAUUCAAGAACCAAGAACCGAGCCGCAUAACUUUCUAUACAAACUCGGACAGCAUAAGGCACAUUAUAAGUAUACCACAAGCUGUAGCAUCACGGACACAGCAUGUACAACUGCAAUAUGCUAGGCACUGCUCUCACACUGCUCUGACCCUGCCAUCCAAAGGCUCGGCGCCCUGUCACGCUUCGGUUACGAAAUCUGCGUCACACCGUUUUACCUCCUGUCACCCUUACGCACGCAAACCCCUAAAAAGCAGAGUGUGCUACCGCUUAGCUAAGUCUGGGAAUGCUAGUAAACAGGAGCUGCUGAGCCAAACAAAUUCAAGAGCUCGCCACCGGUGUCGUCACAGUUAG